CUUGCCGAGUGAGCAUGUGCUUUACUUAGCUCUGGAACUUGUCGUCCACUCAUAGCCUUCCAAACACUCGCAUAACUUUGAUAAUUUUCCCCCAGAAAGUCUAGUGCAACGCUUCUAUUCUUCCAUAGUUUGUUUAGUGUUGUAGGUCUGAUGAAAAAGCUCUAGUGAAGUGAUGUGCAACAGAAACGUAAGACUGUGCUACUGUUCCUUAUUGACGGAUGAAUGUUAACUCAAGUAGUGUUGGUUUCACGAACACUUCUUGAUUUCGUUCCACUCCCGUAAUCUAGUGAUCACUUGGUGUACCUUUCACGCAUUUACAAAUUUUCGUCUUACGUAAGAGUUGGCCAAAAAGUGGGCCGAAUAUUUUUGUUUUUGAGGUAAGGGUAACUUGACGAAGAGAGCAGAGGUGUGAAGAGCUCUUUGAACGGUGCAAGCGCUGCUCUCGCUGUCGAAGUAGAUGGAAACUUCUGAUGUUUCAAGACUUGCUUCAGUUUCUCGUGCUAACGUUAAGUUGUGCUGCAAACCUUAUAGUAAAAUAGCAAGUAGGACUGGCUAAGCCAUCAUCCUGUGAGCUAAGAGUUGUAUUUCGAAAUAAAUAGCAGCUUAGGCAGUUUCGGACGUGCCCAACUUUCGUUUAUAGAACGGAAGGUCUCGAGGCGAACUGAUCCGUUUGGUGCAAUGAUGCCGUCCUUAGGCAACGACACGCGCAUCGUUGAUGCCACGUACGUUUGCGAAGUUCUGAGAGGUCUCCGUCCCAACGAGAACUGCCCUGUAGUACUCGACUGUCGUGAUGAAGCUUCCUACUCACACAACCAUGUACGAGGAGCCCUACACGUGGCACUACCAUCCCUACUCGUGCGUAGGCUGGCUGCUGGUAAGGCUAGCAUCGGACAGGUGGCUCGACACCUCGGCGCUGAGGUACAGUCGGGCGUCUUAUUCUACGACCACGAGGGGGAACAAACUGCCGUGGUCGUGGCCCUCGCCAACAAGAUGCUGCAGGAGGGCUGCUCCGUGCAGUACCUUGCUGGCGGCUUCAGCCAGUUCCAGCAGCUGUACCCUGAGUGGUGCGAGGGCUCCACAGACUCUGCGUGUUCUCUGCUGCCUGCGCCCGCAGGAAUAGCAUCCUCGGACAAACUCUGCGGCGAGGCUCCGAUUGUAGGACUUAAGUCCUUAAGAAUAUCCCCCGGCGAGUCCUUAUUACCCUUGGACGCGUUGGACGGCGGCAAAGGGCUGUGUGACUCGUCCUUAGGGCGCGAGACGCCCCUAGACGACCUGUGCUUCCCUGUGGAGAUCUUGCCGCACCUCUUCCUGGGCAACGCCAAGAACUCCGGCGACAUGGACGCGCUCAAUAGGCAUAAAAUACAGUACAUCGUGAACGUGACGCCGGACCUGCCUAACGUGUUCCUCUCAUUACAGUACAUCGUGAACGUGACGCCGGACCUGCCUAACGUGUUCCUCUCAUUACAGUACAUCGUGAACGUGACGCCGGACCUGCCUAACGUGUUCCUCUCAUUACAGUACAUCGUGAACGUGACGCCGGACCUGCCUAACGUGUUCCUCUCAUUACAGUACAUCGUGAACGUGACGCCGGACCUGCCUAACGUGUUCCUCUCAUUACAGUACAUCGUGAACGUGACGCCGGACCUGCCUAACGUGUUCGAGGGCUGCGGCCACUACAAGUACAUGCAGAUCCCCAUCUCUGAUCACUGGAGCCAGAACCUCGCGUCCUUCUUCCCCAAGGCCAUCCAGUUCAUAGACGAGGCGCGGGAGAGCGGCGUGGGGGUGCUGGUGCACUGUCUAGCUGGCAUCUCACGGAGCGUGACCAUCACCGUGGCCUACCUCAUGUUCAAGAAGAAGCUCAGCCUAGAGGCGGCCUAUGACUACGUCAGAGUUAAGAAAGCAAACAUCGACCCAAACUUCAACUUUAUGGGUCAACUUAAAGAUUUUCAAGUUCAGCUGAACUUGUCGCCGCAGAAAUGCUCUUGUAUCGCGGACUGCAGAUGUCGACACCUGCACUUCUUGUCUUCCCCGGACUCUGGCAUUGAGUUCGAUAGGUACUCAUGAGGACAUGUUACCCCGGCUGGGGAGAGAGGGGGAAGCAGUUAUUCUUCCCCACUGGUAACUUGCUCUGCAGGACUUGCCUCUCCCCACGUUGGGUCGAGUUCUUCCUCAUCUUCUACUUCAUCUUUAUCGUUCCAUUCUAUGUCGCCCUUCGCGAUGAGUCGGCAUUCUGGGUCGCCGUUUGCUAUGAGUCGCUCACCGUCCGUCCUGCCCGUCAAACCUAAACUCGAACUUGAAGGAAAACUUGCAAGUGAUAAAGGUUAUAGUGAUGAGGGGGCCACAGUGGGGAGGGAGGGUGAUGAGCAGGGCGAAGGAGGAGAGAUUUGUGAUGAUGAAUAUGAAGAUGGUGUUAAUAGUGGCAGCGGAACUGGUGGUAUUGAAGGUGAGGACGGUGGUGGUGGUGGUGGUAUUGGAGGUG